CUUUACAAUAUCAGAUACACAUGUAUAUAGAUUCAAGAAAAAUUAAAUCUUUGUAAUACAAUCCACACUCACUCCCUCACACACUCACACAUACAUACAUACAUAUAUACAUACACAUACAAACACAUACAACUAUACUACACAAUAGUAUCAGUACUUAUUUGGCAUUGAUAAGUCUAAAUAGACAUAGCACAUAUACUUUGAUUACAAAUAUAGAUUGGAUUAAACUAAACGUGAAUGAUUCUGAUGAACUAUUAUCGACUAUAUAGAUUAUGUAACCUUUAUAUACGCACUUAAGUGUUGUCUUUCUGAUCAAGGUCAUUUAUUUCAUUAUAUAUAUAUUAAAACAAAAUCAGUAAUUUAAGAAAAUUUGAUACAAUUAAGAGAUUAGUACAUUGAACUAAUAAGAAUGAUAAGUCAUCAAACUGGACCAAGUAUUACAUUCCCUGAUCGUAUUAGCGCUGAAAAUGAUGCAGAACAAUUACAUAACGCUUGUAAAUUACUGUCUACGGAUGAAGAAACCAUCACUAAAAUUCUAGGACAUAGAAAUCUACAACAACGUUAUCAAAUAAGAGAAACUUUUCAUAGGCGAUAUAAAAAGGAUUUAGUUCAUGUAUUAUGUAAUGCAACAAAAGGUGAUUAUGAAAGUCUUAUUAAAACUUUAUUUCGUGGAAGUAUACAAAUAUUAGCCCAUGAUUUAUAUAAAGGCUUAAAGAAACCAGAUAUUGUCAAUGAGAUCAUCUGUUGUUGUAAUAAUAAUGAAAUUAUUAUGUUGAAAAAAGCAUAUCAAGAAGUGCUUCAGGAAGAAGAGCCAAAAAAAGCUUCACAGCGUACACUCGAAACUGAUAUAAUCAAAGAAACAAAACCACCAUAUGAACAAUUAUUAGUAGCAUUAUUACAAGGAAAACGUGAUGAAGAUCCAUUGGAAUUAGUAGAAGAAGCUGUAAGAACUAGAAGUACAUCAAGAUUAAUUAAUCGAAGUCAAGUUGAAAAAGAUGUUGAAGAUUUAUAUUAUGCUGGAGAAAAACGUGCAGGUAAAGGUGAUUCUGAAACAUUCAUUAAAAUUCUAACAAAACGAAGUAAAUAUCAUGUAAAAGAAAUAUGGGAUGUAUAUUUAUCAAAAUAUCAUAGUACAAUAGUUGAAGUUAUAUCGAAAAAGUUCUCUGAGCCAUUUAGAUCAGGAUUAAAUACAAUGAGUUAUGGAUGAAGCAUGCACCUUGUUCUUUCUUUGAUAAUGACCUUUGCUGCGCAAUACGUUUUGUUGGUGACUGAUUUAAGUCUUUGUUUCUGUGACGACGGACCACCGGUGAACUCGAGGAAGCUGUAAGAGGCUCAAAAGGAGCCGAAGACGUCCCAUCCAAUUACCUUUCGAAAGAAUGUUCUAGAAUUCCUACGUGUAGCUUCCCGAUUGGAUAAUGCUAAUAACCCCCUGUAUGAGGAUUGGAAGACUGUAAUGAUGAUUUCGUUCUUACCAAAAACUAUAAAUUCCUGACAAUUUUGUACUAUAAUUGACAUUGUCUGGGAAUAAUAUUCCUUUCGUUAGUCUUCUGUCUUCUUAUUGCGACUUGGAAGGGUUUUGGUGUUCUAGUGCUCAGUUAUUCGCGGUAGUAUCAAGAAAAAUCAACUUUUCAGGAUAUAACAGUUUCAAUAAAAGGCUAUUUGAAUAACUUCUGAACGGUAAAGUGAUGUAGACAGGCUUUUUCUCUACCGAGGCUACAGUAGGUCUCGUUGUACCAUGGACUUUCCAUCUAUUUAUGAAUCUCAGAGGAUAGCCAUUUCCUAGUAACGUUUUAUUUAGCAACUUAACAUCAUCAAUGGCAUCAUUUGUACAAAUACGAUGAAGCCUGUUGUAAAGGCACCUUGUAUUGCACAGGGCAAUAAGCUAUAAUAACUAAGGUAUUGACCUGUCCACGUUGGUUUUCUGAAAAAUGGAACGCUUGACUGAACCAUCUUCUCGUCUACUCAAAAGUAUAUCUAGGAAGGAGAGCUGAUCGUUCCUCUCCUCUUCACAUGAGAGACUGAUAUGGUUUUGGAGAGUGUUAAAUUUAUUCAAUAAACAGUAUAUAUACUCUUUUCUUUCACAAACAACUAAGAUAUCAUUCACAUAUGUGGACGAUAUGUAUUGCGCUAAUAUAUCAUCACAUAAUUCUGAUAAUCUUCGUCUCCUUAUUACAUUAUCGAAAUUUAUCAAAGGGACGAACUGCUUUAACUAUAAAACCUUUUCUGAAAUUUAGUCAUUUUGAACACAUGAAAAUUCAAUGCAAUUCAAUAUGAUUAUUUUUUUUGUAUAUUAAGUCUACAAUUAUCAUUGUUUCUUCUUCUUCUUCUUUAAAACAGUUAUGGCAUUGAUAGAUUUACGUUUGUUAUUAGUCUGUCAAUUAUAUGAUAGUAUGUAUGGACUUGGAACACGAGAGGAUACAUUGAUACGAAUUACCUGUUUACGAUGUGAGAUUGAUAUGAAUACAUUGAAAUCAAUGUAUCGUGAAUAUUUUGGUAAACCAUUAAUUGAAGCAGUACGAGAAGAUACAUCGGGAGAUUUUCGCAAGUUACUUUUGGCAUUAUUGGGAGAAUAACUUUUUUUCGAGCGGGGGAGGGGGAUGAAUAUAAAAUAAUGUUCUGUUAUUAUUUUCAUUAAUAAAUAACAAACUAUCUUCAUUUCAACAACAAUGAAGCUUUCAUUCAUUCAUUAUUAUUAUUGUAAUGAAUUACUUGUGCCUUUCAGCUUGCUUUUAUUUAUUUCCAAAACAUAGUCCAUGUAUAUCAUGAAUUUAAAGAGAUUAAUUGAUGUUGUUUGGUUGAUUAAUGAUGUGAAUAACUCAUUAUUGUUAUCACUCGUGGCAUUAUACUCAUAUCAAUAUAUAACGUAAUGAUAUCUCCGAUUAGAGAACAGCGAUUUAUCAACCGGAUCAAUGACGCAUAAAACUCGUACGAGCAGUCUAGAAUCUUUAUCAGUCCUUCUUUUUGCUUGUUAGAGUUCAGAACACUAAUCUCAGCCUCUGCUAUGUGAAUCGUGUAUUUCAAACAUACUGGGUUUAUAUACAAACCAAACAGA